CCAGCGGAUCGGGAUCGGAGGGGCUCGGAGCUGCUCGUCUCUCUGUCCGGGCUUGGACAUCAUCUUAACCCGAUAAUCGGUUGAAGACGGGGCUUUUCUUAUAAAGGCUGCAAGAAUGUGACUCUUACUUGUGCCCGUUUUUAAAUUUUUGUUUGUUUUGUUUUAUUACCACGACAAACGAUCCAGAUUCUGAUUUGAACGGUUUUAUUUUAAUUUUUACUAUUAUUUGUACAUUUUUUUUAAAUUAUUAUUUUGUUCAUCAUCUGCUCCCUCUGUGCGGAAUACACCUGGACUGUUUGUUGCCGUCCGGGGUUAGGAUAUUCAUUUUUUAUUUGUUUUAACCGGUUUUGGGCAGUAAUAUGUCCAGGCGAAAACAGACCAACCCCUUCAAAGUUAACUGUAGGUAUUUCAGGGCCAUUCCACACUUCGAGCGUCACAGGACUUCAGCACACUAUUAACAUGGAUGGCAGGGACGAAUUCACAGAGGACAGUGAAUGCUGCAGCAACAACUCCCAGGAAGUCCAAGGGCAGGAUAGUUUCUCAGAAGACAGCGAUAGUGACCCUGAAAACCACGGCGAAGACUCGUCCUCCAACACCUCUGCUGACGACCACAUGACCACCAAGAGAACACAGUGCCUCCUACAAGGAGCAGGAGUCAAAGAGGAGAGCGAGGAAGGGGGAGAGCACUGCAACAACUUUGUUUGUCCUCUCUGCACGCUGGAUUUCAGCAGCCCUGAGAAGCUCAUCUCCCAUGUCUACCAGCACACGACUAUGAUGAGCAACACCAAGAGCUAUGUGUGCCCAGUGUGUGGGCGAGCCCUGAGUUCGCCUGGCUCACUUGGACGGCAUCUUCUCAUCCACUCCGAGGACCGCCUCUCCAACUGCGCUGUCUGUGGUGCACGCUUCACAGACACUAACAACUUUAACAGGGAGAAGCUUAAAGAAGUCCUCGACACAACUAGGGUGGAUGUGACUGGAGGAAGGGAUGCCUGUUCCAUGUCCCAGUCUCUCUCCAGCAGCCCCAUGAGCAGCCCAGGCCCCUGCACUCACUCUUGCCACGGACCGGGCCCUAGCCCCAGUUCAUGUCAGGGUCCUUGCCCAUGCCACGCAGCUAACACCAAUCCCAACCUAUGUCAGGCCCAACGUUCCUGCCAGGAACAGGGUCAUAUUUCAAGCCAGUGUCAAGGCCCAAGGCCAUGUCACGGCCCGGGGCCGGGAUCUGGACCAUGCUCAGCUGCAGGACAAUGCACAGGCUCUGACCAGGGACCCACCUUUCCUUCACUGCCUGACAGUCUUCUCUCUGAAGGGCCAUCCCUCGCCUCUAUUCCUGAUGCGCUCAACUCCUCCUCCUCUGGUCUUCCUCCUAUCCCUGACAUCCUGAGCCCUAUGCCGGUGUAUCCUGCCGGAGUGCUGCUGGUGUGCAACAGCUGCGUGGCCUAUCAGCAGUUAGUGGCAGCCCAGUCACCGAUGCGAAAAUGGGCUCUGCGUCGGAAGAACGAACCCUUGGAGGCCCGACUACAGCGUCUAGAGCGCGAGCGCACAGCAAAGAAGAACAAGCGGGCGUGUGAGACAGAAGAGGAGAGGGAGCUGAGGCGGCUGCGGGACCGCGAGGCCAAGCGCAUGCAGAGGAUGCAGGAAACAGAGGAGCAACGGGCACGCAGGCUGCAGAGAGACAGGGAAGCCAUGCGAUUAAAGAGGGCCAACGAGACACCGGAGAAGAGGCAGGCCAGGCUGAUCCGCGAGAGGGAGGCAAAGAGGAUCAAGCGGCGGCUGGAGAAGAUUGACCCUGCUCUGAGGACACAGAUAGAGCACGAUCCUGCCGCCAUGGCUGCCCUCACAGCAGACAUGAGUCUCUUUCAGUUCCCCUGCCCUAUGCCUGUCUCGUCCAUUGAUAAUGGUCUAUUCAUGAAGCUGCCCUAAUGGGUCUAGGCCACUCGGGGAGGGCAGAAACCAGUUGGCUUCUCGCAGCAUCAUUAACCUCUGCACUGCGCCAUCAGGCUGCCUUGGUCACAAUGAACCAUUCCAAGCUGGUUUCCUCCCAGCUCGAUCUGUGUCGAACAGCUUCACACACAAGCUGCUUUGUUAAAUACAACAAAAACUUUGUCUUUUUUUUUUUUUACAGUCUAGAAAACCUUGGGAACCGGGAUGAGAAUGUUUCUUAUUGUAUGGAUGAUGACAUAAGAGCAUGUUGUAAAGAGAUUUUAUCUGUUCGUCAGUGGACUAGCAGAUUUAACACAAUUCAUACUCAUAGGAGCAGUUACACUUCCUUUGAGGAAAAGUUAAAAUCAUUUGCACAUGGACCUUCAAUGACAGGAGAGGGGACUUUGUAGCCAUAGCCCCCGUCCUCUCUGGUCCACUCCGCCAGCCCAGUGACUCUGAGUUCCAGGUAGCUACACAUCUCUCUUCAAGCUGCUACCGUGGGUCCCUGGGAAGUUCGUGUUCAUUCAAACUACUACCUCAGCUGGCGCCGUGGUCGCGCCCUCUGUCCUGUGGCUUACUGCGUUCCAACUCCAAGCUUCCAAAGCUCUAUAUGUACUGUACACUACUACGGAGGAUGCAGGUCGUUUUUCCAUAGUUUAUGUUCAUAUUUAUCAUUCAGGCACUUUAAUAGGAUAUACACAUUCACAAGUGAUUUGAACACAAGGAGCGUUUGAUUAUAUUGAUUCUUAACAGAUAAACUCUGAAUGUUUGUCCUAUUGAACAUGGCCAGUGUUGAGCUACAUUCCCCCUCAUCUCCUCAGUUUUACAUCUCAAUGCAUCCGCCUUUUUACAUUCUCUUUGCCAAGAUAUGACUCUAUUGUCUUUACACUCCAGACAUUUUUGCCAAUGUCAUUUAUGUUUGACUUUCUGUUACAGAGCUUUUCUCUGGUUCGUGAAAGAAGUCAUAAAGUCUGCGCUGCUGUUAUUGUACUGUAAAAUACAUUAGUUACCUCUUUAUAUAUUUGGGCUCAUUACAUUAAGGAAUAUUGUGCUAAAAUGUUCCAUUAAGUGGUUGCAAUGAAACAGUACCUAAUAUGUUACCUGUUGACCUCAGAAUUUGUCACAUUACUUGAAUUCUGCCCUAAAAGAUGCAUUUGUUUUCCUUAUGAGUGAGUUAUGACGUAGAGGAUAGUUUUUAUUAUCGUGGAGAAUCUUACAUGAGUAAUGCAACCUCUGCUUCGUGCAAUUUGUGUAGCAUCCACAUGCUUUGUAAGGCUGCAGUACCUUCAAAAUGUGUAAACAGUACCACUUAAAUUAUGUUUUAUAUCUGCUAGUCACUUUUAUUGAGUCAUAUGACAAGUGGAAAUGAUUUUAAACACAAUUAUUAUUAUUUUUUUGCUGUUUUCUUCAUCUGUUACUGAGCACUGGGGUUAACUUCAUGGCACGUACAGCCCAUACAGGAGAUUCAUUAACCUCAUUCCAGCACAUAUUUAUGCAAUAUGAUGUGAAUAUAUUUUUUUUUCUUGUGAAAGUGUUUGGGGUAUUUUGUUGGUAUAUAAAAAAAUAAUGUUUAAAUUAGAGGCCAUGGUUGGAUAACCCUUGUUUAAUUUCCUGCCUGUUACCUCCACUUCUUCUUGUCUUCGCUUAUCCAGAUGCAAACAUUUUACAGUGUCAAAUGAGCAGUUUCAGAAAUAUUCUUCAAAGAAGAACGAGCAGCGGUUCUGUUUGAGUCGCUCCUAGACAAGCCGUAACCCACCUGGCUGUUAGUUCCAGCAGAUCUAAUGAAGAGAAAACAAAAAAUGAAAUGGCGUUUUGGUUUUAUCGUCAGAGGCUUUUCUAGGAGUGCAUCAAACCACUAUGCAACAGAUGUUAUUUAUUAAAGGAAAUUAAUUCACUUUUCACCGAAACUAUGCAGAAUGCGACCUCAAUUUAAACGGACUUCAAAGCAAACAGUUCAGCUUCUCAGGCAGUUUAACUCAGUGAGAGGGCUCAGAGCCUGGAUACAGCACCCCAGUCCAUAAGAGUCAUUUAUAGACCUGUCAUAUGAUGUGAUGGGAACAGUUUAAGGCAGUUUUGGGACUUUUAAUAGAGACACUUUGUCUUCUGAGAGAUGUUUUCUCUUCCUAAUUCAGCACAAUAAAAAAAAGCAACAGGGUCUCACUGCCAUCCUAUUCAUGAUACACUCUACCAAGAGCAGGAUCAGUGUUCUCAACAAAGGCUUCAGGUGUCGUCUCUUUCUCGCAGAAUAUGAAUACUGGGUAUUCUCAGAGGUUGCUCUUUGAAAUUGCUGUGACCCUGUUUGUCCUACAGUGGGGGCGCAGAAAACUUCACUUACUAUUGCAAAGGAAGUUCUGUGGACCCUGGUGUGGCACUGUUCUUUAGCAGCAGCGCUCUGUGUGGAUUAGGUAAGCACUGCAUGUCGUGAAACUGCACUCGUCCUAUAAUGGUUCAAAAUGAGCUUGUGUUCUACUGUUAGUUUAUGCCUGCCUCUUUUUUACAGUUUAAUUGAAAAAUGUUUAAAAACUUUGGCCUUUCUAUAUUCUAUCAGGAUUUUCUCUCAAUGUCCAUGUUUACAAAAUAAGUCUUUCUGAAUAAGGCCAAAUGAAUGAGCUAAACUGCUAAUAACAACAUGCUAGUUGUGAUAUCAAUGCAUUCUGACUGGAUGGCACUUUGGGGGUGCCAUCCUCUGUUACUGGAUUAACAGAUGUACAGACCAUGAUGAAACCUGGAUAAGAAUGUGGAAAUAAAC